UUCACUCGCCUUCGGCUCGUGAAAUUAAAACUGUCAAAGUGUCACUCGGGAAAAAUUCAAUAAUUUCAGAGCUCUUAUGCAAUUACUACUGAUAAUAAACAGGCCCGUUUCGCGAUUCAAGUUUAUAUAGGCAACACAAAUUACACGCCGCUAAUAUUCGGGUCAGGAUCUAGAAUCGAGUGACGAUUGCUCAUUUGCAUUUGAUCAUUCAUUUGAACUACUGUGUACUGUGGUAGGUGAUCUGUAACUUAACAGUUGACGGUUCUCUGUGAUCUGUGCUUCUAUUUAUUAUUUAUUUAUAUAUCUAUCCAACAUCCAACGAACUGUCAAGUCAAUUACUGAAACUGAAAUUAUUAAUAAAAAAAUAUAUGUACAUAUUAUUUAAUAUUCAUAUUAUUAUUUCAAUUUAAUAUGGAUUGUAAUGAAAAUAUUAAGGAUUCUAGAAACCAAGAAAUGUUAACAUAUAAAGAUGAAGGAGAUUCCCUAAAGAAAUAUAGAAAUAAGCAAGUUAAAUCUGAACUAGAUGAAUACCACUUUGAAAGCAGUUCUGGACAAGAGUCUGUAUUAGAUGAGUAUUGUACAGAUAAUAUUAAAAUAGAAAACCAUGUUGUAGAAGGUGUAUCCAAUGAAAUUAAAAUUGAAAUAAAAAACGAACUGGAAGAGUAUAGCAUUGGUGUUCCACACGAUAUUACAAUGGAAGUUACAAGUACCAAACCAUUAAAUGCUCCCAAAGCAUAUUUGAAAACUUAUACCGGCGAAAGACUGUAUAAAUGUAAAAUUUGUUGUAAGCUAUUUAUUGUAAAAAGUAGUUUAAAGGAUCAUAUGAGAGUUCACACUGGUGAAAAACCUUAUAAAUGUAAAAUUUGUAGUAAGCAGUUUAGUCACAUAAGCAAUUUAAAUAAGCAUAUGAAGAUUCACAUUAGUGAAAAACCUUAUAAAUGUGAAAUUUGUAUUAAGCAGUUUAGUUACCUUAGUAGUUUAAAUGAGCAUAUGAGAGUUCACACUGGUGAAAAACCUUAUAAAUGCAAAAUUUGUAAUAAGCAUUUUAAUCACCGAAGUCACUUAAAUGCGCAUAUGAAAAUUCACACGGGUGAAAAACCUUAUACGUGUGAAAUUUGUAGUAAGCUGUUUAGUAAAAAUAGUAGUUUAAAGGUGCAUAUGAGAAUUCACACAGGUGAAAGGCCUUAUAAAUGUGAAAUUUGUGGUAAGCAGUUUAGUCGCCAAAGUGCUUUAGAUCAUCAUAUGAGAGUUCACACGGGUGAAAAACCUUAUAAAUGUGAAAUUUGUGUUAAGCAGUUUACUAUAAAAAGUAGUUUAAAUGAGCAUAUGAGACUUCACACUGGUGAAAGUUGUUAUAAAUGUGAAAAUUGUGGUAAGCUGUUUAGUUACCUAAGUACUUUUAAUGAACAUAUGAAAGUUCACACUGGUGAAAAACCUUAUAAAUGUGAAAUUUGUAAUAAGCUGUUUAGUCGUUCACAUAAUUUAAAUAAGCAUAUGAAAAUUCACAGUGGCGAAAAGCCUUAUGAAUGUGAAAUUUGUAGUAAGCAGUUUACUAUAAAAGGUAGUUUAAGUGAGCAUAUGAGAGUUCACACUGGUGAAAAACCUUAUAACUGUGAAAUUUGUAGUAAGCAGUUUAGUUACCUAAAUAAUUUAAAAGAGCAUAUGACUGUUCACACUGGUGAACUUUAUAAAUGUGCAAAUUGUAGUAAGCAGUUUAGUCGCAAAAGUGUUUUAUAUAGGCAUAUGAAACUUCACAGUGGUGAAAAGAGUCAUAAAUGUGAAAUUUGUAGUAAGCAGUAUAGUGACAUAAGUAAAUUAAAUAAGCAUAUGAAAAUUCACAUUUGUUUUGAAAAACCUUAUAAAUGUGAAAUUUGUAGGAAGCAUUUUAGUUACCUAAGUAUUUUAAAUGAGCAUAUGAGAGUUCACACUGGUGAAAAACCUUAUAAAUGUGAAAUUUGUAGUAAGCAGUUUAGUCGCAAAAGUGGUUUAGAUAGGCAUAUGAAAGUUCACAGCGGUAAAAAAACUUUAUGAAUGUGAAGUGUGUAGUAAGCAGUGUGCUCCACUACCUAAUUUAAAGUAUGAUAUGAAAUUUGUAGUAAGCAGUUUAUUCAAGAUUUAAGGGAUCAUAUUAGAGUUCACACUGGUGAAAAACCUUAAGGCGGUGCACUGUGGUUCCAAAUGCCGAAAACGUGGUCAUGAACGUUUAAAAGCGUAUAUUGUUUAUACACUUCGGAAAUACUUUCGUAGUUAAGGGUUUUUGGCAUCGUUGAUUACGAAUCUGAUAUUAUUUUUUUUGUGAAAAACAAAAUGGCGGAAAGAAAUUGAAAAUAUCAAUCAAAACACAAACUUUUUUGUCAAAUUUUGUAGUUUAAGGUCGCCGAU